AGACACUAAUCAAUAUUCAGUUCCUGUCCAAAACUCUGUCGCGAAUAAUUUAACUCGCCAAACCCCUGGUGAAAAUAAUUCAGUUUGUCAAAAUUCUAGAGAUCAUAAUCAUGUUUAUCAAAACCCUAGUGACAAUAAUUAUGCUCACAAUAACUUGGUUCAUAAUAAUUUUGUUAGCCAGAACUAUACAAACAAUAAUUACACUCAUCAAGUCAUGACUCAUAAUGAUCCUAUUUAUAGCAACG